CCAAGUAUAAGCUGGCGAGCAAAAUUCUUAAUACCGGCCAAUCCAUGACCAUCUUCCCACCUUUUGGAGCAUAUCAACAAAACCCUCCUGCGGUCACCGCCGUGGCGUUGGAGGAAAUUCCGAUGGAGAUUUCUGCAUCGGAGAAGAAGAUCCAGUCGUACGGUCGUGAACAUUAUCCACCAGGGUUUCACUUCGUGCCGUCGGAUGCUGAGCUCAUCCUGGAAUAUUUGAAGAGGAAAAUCCUCAACCUUUCGAUCCCUCUUCCUGAAAUAUGUGAAGUCAAUCUUUAUCGGAAUCAUCCGAAGGAACUGGCAGCGUUGUAUCCUCAACUGGGACAAGCAGGAUGGUAUUUUUUCACACCGAGGGAUAGGAAGUAUCGCAACGGAACCCGGCCUAAUCGAGCAGUGGGCAACGGGUACUGGAAGGCCACUGGAGCUGAUAAACCGGUAAUUACUUGUGAUGGCAGCGUUGUGGGAUCCAAGAGGGUUUUGGUAUUUUAUGAAGGAAAACCUCCAAAUGGAGAGAAGACUAAUUGGAUUAUGAAUGAAUACAGGGUCAUUGAUCAACCUCCUAGACACAAAAGGGAUGCAAAUGACAUGAGGUUGGAUGAUUGGGUUCUAUGUCGGAUCCACAAGAAAUUAGCAAGUCGGAAGAAGAAGAAAGAUCCACAACGACGCAACAAACAGCAAGUUAAGUUAGCAAGGCGGAACAAGAAGAAAGUUCCACGCCGACGAUGCAACAAACAGCAACAUGACCAGUUAUUAGUCGACAACAGCAAGAAUCUUGCAAUGCUGUCAAUUCAUGACAAUGUAGCUACAUCAGAAGCUCAAUUUGUCGAUAACCAUGGAAAACAUGCAGCAGCACCUACAGCGGGAGACACUGCGGUCCGUGACGACCCUCCUGAUCGGUCGCUAGAAGAUUUGUUUGAAGCAUAUCUAUCAAAAAUGGACGACGACCAUUUUGAUGCAAAUUUCGGUUUAAACUGUGGUCCUGAGACGGGUUGUGUAUACCGUAGUCCGGAAUUCGGAGUGCUGGAUUACCUGUUUCGGACAAGGUCUUCGCAGGAAGAACAUGAUUGGUGGUUUCCUGAUCAUCCGCAGCAAGAUGCUCAUGAACUGUGGGGUACGGGUAAUCCUGUGAAUUUUCAGCAGCAAGUUUCAGCUCCUUAUCAUGUUCCACCAUCAUCAAACGGUGCUGGAUCCAGUACUGAUUCUAUCAUAAAGAGUGAAGGACCUCGUUUUGAUGAUGCUGCGAUCUUCAAUAAUGUCCCUAAUGAUCAUUAUCAAACGGUGCACAAGAAAACAAGGAGAAUUGUGCAACAACGAUCAAAUUAGGGUUUCGCUACGUACGAUCUUAAUUAGUAUUUUUUUGUACGCAGUAGGUUUUAUGUUUAUGCAUUAAAAUAAAAUAAAUAAAUAAAAGAAUUAGC